AUGGGGUGGUGGCUAUGGUGGGUUGUUUUGGUUGUGUCAAUGAUCAAAGAUGUUGGUGCUAGAGGAGAAGAUGUCACAUAUGAUGGAAGAUCUCUCAUCAUUGACGGCCAAAGGAAAAUUCUGUUUUCUGGUUCAAUUCACUAUCCUCGUAGCACUCCAGAGAUGUGGCCAUCUUUGAUAGCAAAAGCAAAAGAAGGAGGACUGGAUGUGAUUCAAACAUAUGUGUUUUGGAAUCUCCAUGAGCCAAAACCUGGCCAGUAUGAUUUCAGUGGAAGAAAUGACUUGGUGAAGUUCAUAAAGGAAAUCCAAGCACAAGGCCUCUAUGUCUGCCUUAGGAUUGGACCUUUCAUUGAGAGUGAAUGGACUUAUGGGGGAUUCCCAUUUUGGUUGCAUGAUGUCCCGGGCAUUGUUUAUCGAUCAGAUAACGAACCCUUCAAGAUAGUGAACCUUAUGAAGUCAGAGAGUCUAUAUGCUUCCCAAGGAGGUCCAAUAAUAUUAUCACAGAUUGAGAAUGAAUAUCAAAAUGUUGAAGCAGCUUUUCAUGCAAAAGGGCCUCCAUACGUCCUUUGGGCAGCAAAAAUGGCGGUUGAGCUCCAGACUGGUGUGCCAUGGGUGAUGUGCAAGCAAACCGAUGCUCCUGAUCCAGUGAUAAAUGCAUGCAACGGAUUGAAAUGUGGAGAAACUUUUGGAGGGCCUAACUCCCCAACCAAACCGUCACUGUGGACGGAGAACUGGACAUCACAGUAUCAAGUAUAUGGUGGAGAACCAUACAUACGGUCUGCUGAAGAUAUUGCAUUUCACGUAACCCUUUUUGUUGCCAAAAAUGGAAGCUAUUACCAUGGUGGAACGAAUUUUGGAAGAACAGCAUCAGCAUAUGUGAUAACAAGUUAUUACGAUCAAGCUCCCCUUGAUGAAUAUGGUCUAAUUAGACAACCCAAAUGGGGUCAUCUUAAGGAGCUGCACGCUGCAAUCAAGUCUUGUUCAACAAUACUGCUAGUAGGAGUGCAAUCUAGUUUCUCAUUGGGUCAGCUUCAACAGGCCUAUGUUUUUGAAGAAAAACGAGGAGGUUGUGUCGCAUUUCUUGUAAACAAUGACCGGAAAAAUACUGCUACUGUUGUAUUCCGAAAUGCAACCUUUGAGCUGCUUCCACAGUCAAUUAGUAUUCUGCCUGACUGUAAAAAGAUAAUCUUCAACACUGCAAAGGUAAACGUAAAGGAUAAUGAGAUAAUCAAGAGAUCAAGUCAAUUGUUUGAUGAUAUUGAAAGGUGGGAAGCAUAUAAAGAUGUUAUCCCUAACUUCUGGGAUACUAGUCUUAAAUCAGAUACCCUGAUGGAGCACAUGAAUACAACCAAAGAUAAAUCAGAUCAUCUUUGGUAUACUUUAAGCUUUCGGCCCAAUACAUCUUGCGCGAAGCCUUUACUUCAUGUCGAGUCUCUUGCACAUGCUGCAUCAGCUUUUGUCAACAGCAAAUAUUCAGGAUCUGCACAUGGAAGUCAUGAUGAUAGGGGUCCAUUUACAAUGGAAGUACCAAUCGUCUUAAAUGAUGGGAUGAACAAUAUUUCGGUACUCAGCACUAUGGUUGGAUUACCGGAUUCAGGAGCUUUUCUGGAGAGAAGGUACAUUGAUGCUUAUUCUUUAGGGUUGUUCGGAGAGAACUCAAAUAUAUACAUGAGAGAAUAUCUGGACAAAGUUAGAUGGAGUAAAGUUGGUUCUGCUAAAGAUCAGCCACUUACAUGGUUUAAGAUUGAAUUUGAUGCACCUGCGGGCACUGAUACAGUAGUCUUAAACCUAAGCACGAUGGGAAAAGGUGAAGCAUGGGUGAAUGGACAGAGCAUUGGACGUUACUGGGUCUCAUUUCUCACUUAUAAAGGACAUCCUUCUCAGACAAUGUACCACGUUCCUCGUGCGUUCCUUAAACCUUCAGGAAACCUCCUAGUUAUCCUUGAGGAAUCUGGGGGAGAUCCUCUCCGUAUUUCACUGGACACCAUUUCAAGGACAGGACUACAAGAUCAUGUUUCCAAUUAUGAGCAUUUCAAGGACAGGAUAUAG